AUGGUCAACCAAGGCGCUGCCAUUUUGCCUGUCCCUCCAUCGGACUUGUCUCAGAAAAGCCCUCCCUCACUGAGCAGUAGGGGUGACUCUGCCAAUCCUCAAUCACCAGUCGGGGAUAUCACUCCCCUCGCUAUGUCCGGUGGCGUUGGUCGUCGUAGGCACAGCUCCACUACUUCUAUCAGAGGUCCACGUGGUUUCUGCUGGUCCUAUCAGUCCUCUGGUCGCUGUGGUAGGAGUGACGAGUGCCCCUUGCAACACGUUACUGGGAUGGAGGCUGUGGAGUUAUGCAAGCAACAAGAGUGUCUGUUCUACAGCAAAGGUCACUGCCGUAAGGGUGACAACUGCCCUUAUGUUCAUAAUGCAGCGAGGAAACAACGCCCUCGGGUUGGUAGCAACCAAGGGCUUCACCGACAACGCCCACAACAGCAGCAUGCCAAGAGGGACUAUGUGACCAAUAGUAUAGCACUGUUGGAAACUCCGCCGAUCGGCUCUCAGAAGAACAAUCGUCAGUAUAGGAAGGCCAGUACGGGUCGUGGGGCUGGGAAGAAGAACAACAAUGGCGGCGGCCGCUUGCCUCAUCAACGAGCUCUCAUGGAGGAAGCUGGUCAACAACAACAGCAGCAGAACUCAUCCAAGCACGUCCGAGAAACUGUGCUCACGAUUAGUGCAGAGGCACUUGGUGGCGACUUCACUGCCUGGGGUGUGUCUACUUAUGAGGGAAGCGAUGAUAUGGUUAGUGGUGACAACUCUCCGGUAUACAUGCUCUACGAUACUACGCCUGACUCGACAACUCCUACAGCAGUAGCCUAUGCAGCAGCUUCAAGUCUUUGCUGUGGCCUCACUAUGAGCACUCAAAAUUAUGUGGAUUAUUGUCGUGCUCUGCAGCUUCGUGGGAUGCUCUACCCAAACGUGUCUGUGGAUAAUCUUAGACGGGCCUCCAUCGACGUCGUUUACGAGGACUAGUUUGGGAAUGCUGGCAGGUUAAGAACCAGCAACCCCCCGUCAGAGUUUUUGUAAUUUGAAUAACACCGAUAGUCGUCGUCAUCAUCAGGGGUCCUUAUCGGGAUUAAUCUCUGAUUCCCAUGUACAUGUGGCCCGAUGGCCCAGCUUUUCUCCACCUCAGUUCGGCUGCUGAGAAAGUGAGGAGCAGCAGCAGCAGCAUUCUUUGCUAGAGGCACUGUAUUAUUCUCGAGUUUUUAUUCACUUGCCAGUUUUUUUUCAAUCCUAAUUUUUAAUAUUUGAAGAUUUUGCUUUGCGCUCUCACUCGGGUGUAGUGAGCUAGAUGCUCCCUUCUGUCCCGUAAUACUAUGUGACGGUAGUGUACAAUGCUGCUGGUAUCAUUGCCAUAUGUUAGGUGAUGAUUAUGUCUGCUAUUCAUCUGUCCAUGUAUCGUUAAUGUUUGGAAGCCCCAGGUGGUAGUAGUGGUAGUCUGGGUCGGCAUCUGCUGUUGCUCCCACCUAUUUGUCGGGGUCAAGGUCGGAGUGUAUGAUCUUACUUUUUGCGUUAAGCAUAUCCA